AUGUGGGGGGGUUUUUGUUUGGUGGUGGGUGUGGAUGGGGAGGUGGGAGGGGGGAGUUUUGUGUGGGGUGUGGGGAGGGUUGUUUAUGGUGAGUUGAGGGUUGAUUGUGUGUUUGGGGGUUUGAGUUUUUUUGGGGGGGUGGUGGUUUUUUUGGGGUGGGGGGUGUUAUGGGUGUGUGGGGGGGGGAGAAUGGUGGUGGUGGGGGUGUAG